AGUUCCCGCUCGACUGUUGACUAACAGUGAACACAAUUUUUCAAUACGAAAAUAUUUCGAAAUAUUUAUAAAAUAAAGAACGCCUUUCUCCAGUGUUGAUUUGUAUAUUUUUAAAUUAUUGAAUUAUAAUUAUGAUCACAGUGAAAUGGUCGAUAUCAACGUGCCGUUUAUCAGUUUGUUGCAAAUGGGUGUAAAAAUGGUGGCCCAUCGCAUACAACAAUAUCAGGCAACAACCAAUGAAACGACUGUCGUACACACUAAAUAUGGUCAAGUUAGGGGUGUUAGACGGAAAACCAUCUACAACCACAAUUUUUAUGCUUUUGAAGGCGUACCAUAUGCUAAACCACCUAUCGGUGAAUUACGCUUUCGAGCCCCACAAUCACCAGAUCCCUGGACAGGAGUGCGCGAUUGCACCAGCUCAGGAAAUGUGCCAUUGCAAAAACAUUUCGUGCUCGGUAUCACACAAGGCUCGGAGGAUUGCUUGUAUUUGAAUGUAUACGUUAAACAGUUAAAAUCUGAUAAGCCUUUACCGGUAAUGGUUUGGAUCUAUGGCGGUGGCUUUCGUUUUGGUGAAGCUUCGAGAGAUAUUUAUGCGCCCGAUUAUUUCAUGGAGAGAGACAUCGUGUUGGUGAGUGUCAACUAUAGACUAGGUGCUUUAGGCUUCCUAUCACUAUCCGAUCCCGAUCUACACGUACCGGGUAAUGCAGGUUUAAAGGAUCAAUUACUCGCAUUACGCUGGAUUCAGGAGAACAUCACCAGCUUCAAUGGUGACCUCAACAAUGUUACAAUGUUUGGCGAAAGUGCCGGUGCCGCUUCUACGCAUUUACUAAUGCUUGCUCCGAAAGCGCAAGAUCUUUUCCAUAAAGCUAUAUUACAAUCAGGCACAGCGCUUUGCUCAUGGGUCGAACAAGAACCCAAAAAUCGCGCUUAUUUGCUGGCCGCCGAACUGGGUUACAGAGGUGAAAAUAUCGACAAAGAUGUAUUGUCAUACCUAUCAAAUGUGAGCGCUUCAAAAUUAAUACGAGUUGAGAACGAGCUGAGACAACCACAUGAAAGGGAUGAACGCGUAUUUUUCCCUUUCACGCCAGUGGUAGAACCAUAUGAAAGCGAACUCGGUUUGCUAACAAAACCGUUUAAGGAUCUACUCAUAACAACAUGGAGCAAUGAGAUCCCAUUACUGAUAGGUUUCACAGCCGAUGAAGGUAUAUUGCAUCACUAUGAAACUGUGAAGAAAUCACAUUUAGUAGAUGAACUCGGUGACUGUGUGGCAGUUCUACCAAAAAUUGUAAAACAAGAGUGUGAUAUGCAGAAAUGCAAAGAGUUGGGUUUACGUCUUAGAGAAGCACACUUUGGUCCUGUGGAACCACAAUAUAGUAAACAUCUGUAUCAAUACUUAGAGCUUUUGGGUUACAGACAUUUUUUAGUUGACAUACAACGCACUCUCUUAGCUCGAUCUGCAUACGCGUCACAUAUGCCCACUUAUCUUUAUCGUUUCGCCUUCGAUUCACCACAUUUCAAUCACUCUCGCACUUUGCAUUCUGGACGCUAUGCACGCGGUGUAUGUCAUGCCGAUGAGCUCUCUUAUAUAUUCUACAAUGCAAGUGCAUGCAAAUUACCUCCCACAAGUGGUGAAUUCAAAACAAUUCAACGCAUGAUUGGUAUGUGGACGGCAUUUGCUGCAACUGGUAAUCCAAAUUGUACUGAAAUUGAACCGAUUCAAUGGCAACCAGUCGAAGCAAAAGAUGUAGAAAAUACGCAACCGAAAUGCCUAAAUAUUGACGAAGAAGUCGAAUUCAUGACUGUACCGCACAAACAUCUGAAGACAUGGAUAAGCCUGUUUGGAAAUGAUAAUUUAUUCUACUCAGCGAUAGAAGUGUUUGCGCAAACCACGCUAGGCAUUGUUAGAGGUCAAUACAACACAUCCAUUUACGAUGACACUUACUACAGUUUUGAGCGCAUACCUUUCGCACAGCCGCCACUAGGUGCGUUGCGCUUUAAGGCACCCGUUGCGGCGACACCGUGGAAAGGUGUGUUGGAUUGUACGCAAAAGGCUGAAAAACCAAUGCAAAAGAAUCCUCGUACAAAUGAAAUCGAAGGCAAUGAGGAUUGUUUAUAUCUGAAUAUCUAUGCGAAGAAGCUCAAAUCUGAUAAACCGCUACCGGUUAUGAUCUUUCUUUUCGGUGGUGGCUUCGAAAAAGGUGAUCCGACACGGGAUCUGCAUGGCCCCGAUUAUUUUAUGAUGAAGGAUGUUAUACUAGUCACAAUUGCCUACAGACUUGGACCGUUAGGCUUUCUCAGCUUGCAUGAUCCUGCUGUUGGCACCCCGGGCAAUGCCGGUCUGAAAGAUCAACUGCUUGGAUUGCAAUGGGUUAAAGAAAACAUAAAGAAUUUCAAUGGCGAUCCAAAUAAUAUAACACUUUUCGGUGAGAGCGCCGGUUCUGCGUCCACACAUUUUAUGAUGCUCUCACCACUGGCGGAAGGCCUCUUUCACAAAGCGAUACUAAUGUCUGGUACCGUACUCUGUCCGUGGGCAAUGUCGCCGCUAAAGAAUUUGCCACAACGUUUAGCACAGGCUAAUGGCUACACUGGCGAUAACAAUGACCGCAAUGUACUCGAGUACUUGCAACAAUUACCCGCAGCCGAUAUAAUACGUCCCUACUUGCUUACCAAAGAGGAGAAUAUGGAUGAUUGCUUAUUCACAUUUGGCCCGGUUGUUGAACCAUAUGCAUCGGAGACUUGCAUUAUACCCAAACAACCAACUGCUAUGUUUGCCGAGGCUUGGGGUAAUGAUAUACCCGUCAUAAUUAGUGGCACUUCUUUUGAGGGCCUCUUAAUGUUUGCGCGUGUACAUAUGGCACCGUUUCUUUUACACGAAUUAAAUGAAAACCAUCAACAUAUGUUACCGUUGGAGUUGAAGCAGAAGCAUGAUUUACAAAAACAAAGGGAAUUGGCAGCGAAAUUGCGCGAAACACAUUUUGCCGAGAAGGAAUUGCAAAUGGAGCAUUUGCUCAACUAUUGCGAGUACGCUUCAUACAAGGUAUUCUGGCAUCCCAUAUUACGCACCAUAAAGGCGCGUUUGCGUCAUGCACGCGCUCCCACCUAUCUGUAUCGUUUCGAUUUCGACUCGCCCGACUUUAAUCAUCAGCGUAUCGGCUAUUGCGGUAAGGACAUACGCGGCGUUUCACAUGUGGAUGAUCACUCGUAUUUGUUUUACGGAAAUUUCGCUUGGAAGCUGGAUAAAGAUACGCUUGAAUUUCGCACUAUUCAGCGAAAAAUCGAUAUUUGGACUUCGUUUGCGGCAAACUCUGACCCAAAUUGUGAUAAUCUGGAUGGUAAUAAAUGGACGCCGCUGCAAGCAGAUGGUAAGCUGCACUGUCUGAAUGUAAGUGAGGAUUUAAAAGUGAUCGAAUUGCCGGAGAUACAUAAACUACAAGUAUGGGAUAGUCUCUAUGAGGUGGCAGAAGAGUAACGAAGUUGUGGAUACAGUAUUGUUUUUAGUUUUUACAUUGAAUCUAUAUAUGUAAGAUUGAAUAAAUAUGUAAUUAAAAAAUUUGUUGUUAA